AUGCGAUAUUUCGCUGAUCUGGAAGACUUGGCAAUGCGAGCACAGCUGGAUGAUGAUGCAAAAAUCCGAGCAGCUUGCAAGUACAUCUCGUUGGAUGAGGCGGAUCUUUGCAUGGGUGUUACGCAGCAGGAGACAUAUGAGCAGUUCAAGACUGCAGUCAUCGCGCUGUACCCGGGAGCGGAGGAUGACCGUCGCUUCACGCAGUCCAACUUAACCCAGAUUGUACGGGCAGCACAGACGAGAGGAGUGUCCAGUCGCAUGGAGGAGGGACAGUACUAUCAGGAUUUUACUUGCAUCACAUUGUUCUUGUUGUCCAGGGGUCGACUGUCAGCCUAUGAGCGGGACCGGCUGUACCUUGAGGGAUUCGAAGCGUCCCCCUUACAUGCUAUCAAAAAUCGACUUGCGAUUAAGGUUCCCGAUCAGAAUCUGGACGAUCUCAUGGCAGAGCGCAUUGAUGCGUGGCAUGAUAUGUAUCCUGGGAACCUUUUCGGCGAUGGUCUGGGGCCAUCUGCAGCGCCUCCACCCAACAUUUCCAGAGAUGGGCGUGACCAGCCUCCGCAUAUGGUCAGCCUAUGGGAGAUCGCGAAGGAGGCAUUUAACCCCAAGGAACCGUCAUUGGCGUACAUUGAGGAAUGUCUUGACGACUCCACAACAUCAGUGUUAGAAGCCAAUGUGGCUCCGAAGAAAAAGACGGUUCGGUUCGAUGACAGCGCCGCGGGAAAGUCUGCAAAGCAUCCUCCCGGUGUUCCGGCCUCCCAGGUCCCUGCGUCAAUUCUCAAGUCGGCGUUGGAUCCAUCUGCAGCGCCCAGAGGAGGCACAAAGGCAUCUCUACCAUCUCCGGGAAACCGCACUACACAAUACAGCUAUAAGACACCAGUGGAGGACAAGGUGAAUGUGCGAGAUAUAUUCGAGCGCGUCCAAAAUGAAGUCUGCAUCUCGCUAACGCAUCGGGAACUGAUGGCAUUGUGCCCGGAGAUCUGCAAGCUCGAGAAGGAGGAGAUCACUGCGAAGCGAGUGGUGAUGAUGGGGAGCUUCGAGGCUGGGGACUGCAAGGAGGUUGCGGAGGCUCUCUUAGUGGAUAUCAUCGCAAUGCGACGGGACAUCUGGGAAUGCAUCGGGUCGGCGCUGCAGUCCGAGAAAACACUCAACAUGGAAUCAGCUAACAUGGGUAUCAACCAGACGCUCGGACGCCUCGCUAACAUUCGAUUUGGGUUCAGCGAGAUGGAGCUGUAUCUUCAGGCCCAUGUUCUAAAUGAUGCCCCAUUCGAGGUACUCUUGGGUCAGCCGUUCUUUACCUUGACGGCAUGCAAAACACUCAACUUUACCAAUGGACACAUCGGGGAGCAGUCCCUUGUGGAUGGUAGAGUUCCCCAUAUUCCAGAAUCAGCGUCUUCAGUUUCCUCUCUCUCUUCCUCUAUGAAUUCGUUUCCCUCUCUCCCAUCCUCUGCGGCUCCGGUUUCCUCUCUCUCUUCCCCUAUGGCUGCGGUCUCCUCUCUCUCUUCCUCUAUGGAUUCAUUUCCCUCUCUCUCGUCCUCUGCGGCUCCGGUUUCCUCCCUCUCUUCCUCUGAAGAAUUAUUUCCUUGGAUCAUUUCAUUGCAAAUCGAAGAGCCCCACAUUCUUUAUACCCUUUCCUCAUCUUUUUGCAGUAUUGGAGCGGCCAGCAGUGUGACCGCACCUGCGGUGGCCCCUGGUGCAUUUCAGAUAGAGCAUGAGGCCGUAGUCCACGGUUAUGGAUAUAAAAAGGUUGACAAGCGUGUCAAGCCUGUUCCAGGAAUACUGGCUGACAAGUUCCAGAUCAUGCAGCGCGUUCCCUGCGACCCCAUGCAGAACCUCCCAUCACUCCCCUUUCACCCACCAGACUUCAUCGGCAGAUCACGUUAUACAGAGGAAUGA